CUGAUUUGGAAAAAGCCGGUUCCUAAAAAAAUUUCCUUUUUCCUAUGGCGUGUGAUAAAUGGUUUACUGGUGAACGAAAUCUCUUUAACUAAAAUGGGAUUUAACGGCCCUUUUAAGUGUCCGAAUUGUGACCAUAAUGACUCCCUGGAUCAUUAUUUCAUGCAAUGCACUGCUCAUCAUAAAAUCUGGGAUCAUUUUGGUUUCAAUCCUCAUAAUCUAGGAACCAACAUCAAAGAGUAUAUUUUAAGUUCCACAAAAUCGACACGUUUUUUUUAGAUAAAAUGAUAAUCCUUUGGAACCUUUGGAAACGUAGGAACACGGCUUUUUCCAUGAUUAUCUUAUGAGUAAUCCUGAGGCUAUCGUCCGAAUCAACAAGGACCUCCAUGAUUUUCACGGUUGGCAAAAUCACUCGAAGGGGAACAAGAAGAGAAAAGCCAAUAUUUAUAGAUGGUUGUCUCCCCCUUGUGAUAAAUUUUCUGUCAAUAUUUCUGUUACUCAAUCCGGUAUGAACUUUAAAAGUGGGGUUGCUGUUCGUAAUCACAACGGUGAAUUAGUUUUUCACCUUCAUGGUGAAUAUUUUGGCACUAAUCCCUUCACUGCGUUUUUUGAAACAAUUCUCAUAGCCAUUAAUGCUUGCAGGGUACGGUCUCUAAGAAUCCACAACUUCGACCUUGAUAACAAACAUGUCAAAAAGGCCAUCCAGCAUCAUUGCAAAGACCAUUGGGAUCACAUUCAUACGAUAACGAUAAUUAGGAAGAUCUUGCAUCAAGAUUAAAUUUACAUCAACGUAAUCCCUGAGAAUACCAAUGUGGUUGCUAGAUAUAUUGGCCUCGGAAGGGACGUGACAUCUUCCCAUUUCUUGAGGAUUCUUAAGUUUGAUGCAAUCGGUUUCCCCUAUGUUGUUUGACUUUCCUGGUAGUAGGCUUUGGUUGAUGUCCUCCUACACCAUUUUGUAUUCUCGUAUUCUAAUCUAAUAAAUUCUCUUUUUAUUUAAAAAAA